GGUGACGCCACCAGAGUCGCUCUUUGAAAUCGUCGUUUGGUCGUUACUCAACAUGUUCGAAGUCGCGCUCAUCUUUGGUGCCUUCAACCUCUUCUUGUUUGGCUGCUGCUUUGACUUUCCGAGUCGCGUUCAAAAUUGCAAGCGCCUCUGGGUCUAUGUUGUGUCUGCCGCGGGCCGUUGCGCUGUGGCGAUUCGUUUGCGGCUCCAAUACCGUACCCCCACCAAGACUCCGUCGCGACGGGACUCGACUGCCAAUACGCUGCUCGUGGACGAGACGGACAGCGCCAUCGAGUCGCCCAUGGAUUUCAACGUGCCAAUUACCAACAAGUAUGAUCCCUAAUAACAAG